AUGGCUACGAAUCGCAACCGACGUCUGCAGAAAGAGAUCCAAGACAUUCUGAAAGACACACACUCGGGCAUCACCGUCACUAGUCCACAGGGCAGUCCGGACAUAACCGAUUUCACCCACUUCAAAGGCCACUUCCGCGGCCCUCCAGACACUCCAUACGAGGGUGGACAGUAUGAGGUGGACAUUCGAAUAACUGCAGAAUACCCGUUCAAGCCACCGGAGAUGCGGUUCAUCACCAAGAUCUGGCAUCCGAAUGUAUCGUCCCAGACUGGAGCAAUCUGCUUGGACACACUCGGCUCCGCGUGGAGUCCCGUUCUCACACUCAAGAGUGCCUUGAUUAGCCUGCAGAGUCUCUUGAGCAGCCCAGAGCCUAAGGAUCCGCAAGAUGCAGAAGUUGCUAGCAUGUUGAUUACGAGACCGGAAGAAUUCAAGCACGUUGCGAAGGACUGGGCGGUGAGAUAUGCAAAGGCGCCCAGGCCAGCGCCCGGCAGUGGAAAGUCGGGAGCCAGCAGCUCGGGGGAUGCUGGUGGUUCGGAUGCGGCCGAGAAGCGGAAGGCGGAGGAAAAGGAGAGGAAGAGGCGAGAGGCCGAGCAGAGGAGAGGCGCGUACAAGGGCUACAACCGGCAGAUGAUUCAGCAGUUUACGCAGAUGGGGUUCGAUCUGGACGCGGUUGUGGCGGCUUUCGAGUUUGUGGGCAUCGACAACGCAGACGGCGAGUACUACGAGCUGGAGGAGGAGUACAUUGGCGACAUCACCGCGCGGCUGUUCGGCGAGCAGUGA